GCGCCAUUCGACAGCCAGUUCCGUCCGUCCGUGCAACCCCCUCGUCGCGUGCUCCUUCCUCCCCUGGUCUGGUCCGCCGUUCGCCGUCGCCCUUCUCGUCUCGCUCGCCGGCCCGCCGCCCUCCCGCGGCCACACGAGAUCUCGCCGCCCGGCGGAGCCCUAACCCGCGCGCCCGACGAUGUCGCACGCGCAGCCCCAGGGCGACACCAUCCCGCUGCACCCCUCGUCGGCGCAGUCCGACAUGGACGAGAUCGAGAGCCUCAUCCACGUCGCCCCCACCGCCGCCGCCGUCCUGCCCGCGCGGCCGCCCUCCCCUCCGCGCGCGUCCAUCCCCGUCGCCAACAUCCCUCCCGUGCCCCCUCCGGCCAGCUUCAGGCCCCAGCCGCCCCCCACCUUCUCCUCCGCGCCGCUCCCUUCCGCCUCCGCCUCCGUCGCCAUUCCCAUCGGCGCGGACGGGUUCGGGAGCCCCGCCAACACGCUCACGGAGCCCGUCUGGGACACCGUCAAGCGCGACCUCACCCGCAUCGUCAGCAACCUCAAGCUCGUCGUCUUCCCCAACCCCUACCGCGAGGACCCCGGCAAGGCGCUCCGGGACUGGGAUCUCUGGGGCCCCUUCUUCUUCAUCGUCUUCCUCGGCCUCACUCUCUCGUGGUCGGCCUCAGUCAGGAAGUCUGAAGUAUUUGCUGUCGCGUUUGCCGUACUUGCUGCUGGUGCUAUAAUCCUCACGCUGAAUGUGCUGCUUUUGGGCGGCCAAAUCAUCUUCUUCCAAAGCCUGAGUCUUCUAGGAUACUGCUUGUUCCCCAUGGACGUGGGAGCUCUGAUUUGCCUGCUGAAGGACAACGACAUGCUAAAGAUCAUCGUGGUGGCAGUGACAUUGGCAUGGAGCUCCUGGGCAGCGUAUCCAUUCAUGAGCACCGCCGUGAACCCAAGGAGGAAGGCCCUGGCGCUUUACCCGGUCUUCCUCAUGUAUGUCUCCAUUAGCUUCCUCAUAAUCGCGAUAAACUAAGGGUGGAACGGUUUGCCGCCGCGGACCGUCAGAAGUCCGGAGAUUUUCCCGUCCAACCGGCCGAGUGCAUACAGGUUUUGUCUGACCGGUUUGUUUUGUAAAUAAAUUUUGCUGACUACUUUGAGAUUUCUUCUUCUUCUUCUUUACAUAAUCAAAGGGCCUAUAGUAGGGGUAUAGAAAAUACAGUAGGAAAUUAUACGUUCUGUAAAGUACCUAUUUUGUUUUGCGCCUGGCUAGAAUAACUUGUAGACUGCUGAUGGGGUUGAGGUGCCAUGGUGUGAAUAACCUGUAGCCUGCUCUGUUGUGGUUUGGUUCGCCAUGGUGUUAGCAUGUUCCCUUUA